ACCGAGCGCACACAUUUCCUGAAAACGCCCCACGGAGGAGAGAGAAAGGGGGGAAAACUUGACUCAGAGUGACUCUGAAUAACAACAAUAAUACUAAUAAUACUAUUAAAGCGGCGCUGUUGAUCUAAAACGAGGAGGAGGAGGAGGUUGGACUUAAAACUGAGCUGGGGGCCCAAACUUUUUUUUUUCUCUCUCUCUGUCGCUCUUUUUUAAAAACCCUCCGCUUCUUCGUCCUUCGCACAGAAACCUCCGCGGCGGCGGCGCGAGGGACUAUAUCGCUGUCUCGUCUUCCACACAACUCACCGACCAAGGUCAGCGGCGGUGACCGCCCGCAGGGUCUGUCAACGCGGCAGCAGGACCUCCGCGACCCCCCCCCCCCCCGGCGGGGAGGAGAAGCAGAAGAAGUAGAACACCGGGGUAUGAGCUCGCUGGCCGGGGCGGAACACACGACGACGACGCCGCGCCGCCGCUGGAUGGAGGAAGCCCCGGUGGAGGUGUCGGCGGAGGAGUGAACCGCGAGACAGUCUAACAGCCGUCAAACGUCAAAACCCCCCCACAGCGACACCAUGUCGGGGAACGCGGGCACCUACGCCAACAAGAAGAGGAAGAAGCCCGUGCUCAAACAAAAGAAGCCCUCUGAAGGCAAUGAAGUUGUUAAAUCAAACCCUUCAAAGCGACACCGGGAUCGGCUGAACGGGGAGCUGGACCGCCUGACGGACCUCCUGCCCUUCUCCGAGGAUGUCCGCUCUCGUCUGGACAAACUCUCAGUCCUUCGCCUCAGUGUCGGAUACCUGAGGGUCAAGAGCUACUUCAAAGCGACCAUGAAGAGCAGCAGCCUGAUGUUUCCUGGACUGAACGGGCAGAAUGGGAACAACGCGGACACCGCAGGCUUCUCUGAGGGCGACCUGCUGCUCCAGGCGUUGAAUGGGUUUGCGAUGGUCGUCACAUCGGAGGGUUUGGUCUUUUACACAUCAGCCACAAUCAAGGAUUACCUGGGCUUCAACCAGUCGGACGUGGUUCACAUGAGCGUGUUCGAUCUCAUCCACACCGACGACCGGGACAUCUUCAGACAGCAGCUGCACUUCGCCCUGGACCCCCCGUCCGCCGACACGGGCGGCAACGCCGUGCAGAGUUGUGGGACCACGGUGAUGUACAGUCCGGAGCAGCUUCCCCCGGAGAACUCCUCCUUCCUGGAGCGGAGCUUCGUGUGUCGCUUCCGCUGCCUCCUGGACAACUCCUCUGGCUUUCUGGCCUUGAAGUUCCAGGGGCGACUGAAGUACCUCCACGGCCAGAGUUUCCUGAGGGACAACCGGACCUGCAACAAGCCCCAGCUGGCGCUGCUCACCAUCGCCAUGCCCGUUCAGCCGCCGUCCAUCGUGGAGAUCAGAGCCAAGAUGCUCCUCUUCCAGACCAAACACAAGCUGGACUUCACGCCCACGGGCGUCGACAGCAGGGGGAAGAUCGUCCUGGGCUACUCGGAGACUGAACUGUGUAUGAAAGGCUCCGGCUACCAGUUCAUCCACGCGGCCGACAUGAUGCACUGCGCCGACAACCACAUCCGCAUGAUUAAAACGGGCGAGAGCGGACUGACCGUGUUCAGGCUCCUGAGUAAGUCCAACGGCUGGGUGUGGGUCAAGUCCAACGCCAAGCUCAUCUACAAAGGAGGACGACCUGAAUUCAUCAUCGCGUAUCAGAAAGCUCUAGUGAACGCUGAGGGAGAGGAGUAUCUGCGUCAGAGGAGGCUACAGCUUCCCUUCGACUUCACCACGGGAGAGGCCAUCCUCUACAACACGGGCCCGACCGUGGACGUCACGCUGUUCCAGUUCAACAAGAUGUUCAGCGACGGCGACAUGAGCAAGGACGUGGCGCCCGGCUCGCUGCUGGACUGCUUCCUGAAACAGGACGAGACGGCCUACAUGCAGACACCGGAUCUCCCCCUGCCCGUGGACCAGGUGUUCAUGGACAGCCACGCCCUGGUCAGCGUGUCCGGCGACGGGUGGCAGGAGAGCGGCGCCGCGGCCCUCACGGUCGACCCCGUCGUGGUGAAGGACAAGGCCAAGCAGUCGGUGAUGGCCGUGAUCGACAACCUGGAGAAGAUGGCGAACAGCGGCGACUUGAGCGCGGCGCUGCAGAACCUGGAGGUGGACGACGCCGAGCUGAUGGAGUGGGAAAACACCCUGAAAAGGCUCGGUCAGGACGAGGACCAUCAGAACAACGCCAGGUAUGAGCUGGACAGCAUCCUCACCAACGACAUCUUCGACUACAUCGACAGGGUCUUGUGUCAGGAGAAGGGAGGCGGAGGCGUCGGCGGAGGAGGCGGCGGCGGCCUCACGCAGGACUAUAGUAAUCACAACGCCCUGUUCCCCGCCGCUCCGCUCUGCGAGCCGCAGUUGUUCAAGACGCCGAGCCCCGGUCGUACGUACGCUGCGGAGAACGUACUCUGCGCUCGCCAGCAGGAGUCUGCUCAGAUCUUCAACAGCAGCCAGAAACUCUCCCACCAAGGUCCGCUCAUUGCUCAGGCGGACACCAACCUGCCGCCGCUGCAGCCGCUGGAGCUCCGGGACAUUUUCAGCCCGUCCAUAGAGCUGCCCGAGUUUGUCGCCUCGGCUGACGAUGCCUUUGCCUCUUUUCCGUCCUGCGGGCAGGCGUCCGUUGGCCACAUGGGACAGACGCAGUCCAGUCACCAGCUGCCGCAUCCCGGGAACAAUCUGCAGUCUCACGCCAUCGCAGCAAACGGACACAUGCUGCCGAGCUCCGUCAGACAACCGAACCGCGGCGCGCCCAGCGUGAUGGACAUUUUGCCGCCACUGAUCCCUUGCAAUGACUUGAGUUCCUCCACCGCACCUAAUAUUCCCGUUCCCUUCGCCGCGGCGUGUCUGCAGGCGAGCGCCCCGUUCGAAACGCACAAGGUUCAGCCGUGGCCGCAGAGCCAGCAGCUGCAGAAGCUGCCACGAACGGGCGUCACGCACAACGGACACGCGGAGACGGCGCGCCACGGCCAAACUCCUGACAGUCAAACAUUCCCGCACAACAACGGCCUCUGGCCGCGGCACGUCAACCGACUGAACCAAAGUCAGCAGGGGGGGCUGGCGUGUGGCAAGGCAGCCGCUCAGAGCAGCUGCAUGUUCGACCAGCACUUCUCCUCCGCUCCAGCAGUGGGCGACAUGCUGGCGUUCGCCGGCUCCGCGGGCCUGAGUGAGGCAGACCUGGCGACUCUGGAUCCAAGUUGUCUCCAAGGUUCCUGCUGCUUCCAGUGGAGCCGCGGCGAGCCGGCGGUCGGGACGCCCGCCACCGACCGGGACAAAGCCAACAUCAUGGGCCCCUCGGAGCUUGCACUUAACAUCCAGCACUACCAGGAAAACCACAGGCAGACGCAGGACGACAGACUCUCGGCUGAACUCGGUGGAAUCUUCGCCGCUGCUCCUCCGCAUGACGUCGCCAUGUUCCUGGCGGAGUAGCAGCAUCAGCAGCAAACUGCAGCACCAACACGACCACGACGACGACCACGACGACGACCACGACCACGACCACGACCACGACGACGCUGCUUCGCCGGGAACCGGAGUUUUCCUGAAUCGGUGCCUUUUCAUCCUCAGACUCUCACGAUUCCCCCCUCCUUUUAAUAUCAUAUGUUUUAAUUUCACUCAGUUUCUAGUUAUAGAUACACUAUGAUGAUGACAAUAAUCAUAAGAAUGAUAAUGAAGUAUAUAAAGCCUCAAGUGCCUGUACCAGGAUGGAGCUAAGUGAGAUUGUGAAUCCAAAUAGCCAAAGAUUUAUGUUUGUUUUUUUACAAGGGAAACCACAGUGGUCACGUCCACCUAUUUUCCAGAUUUAUAUACAUUAAAAAAAAAGCGAAAAAAAAAAAAA